AUGCUUCUGCCACGACCUUUGGUGCGCACACACGCGACAGCAGUAGCGUAUGUAGCCAGGAAACCUUUUCUUACCUGUCGAGCUUUCCAUGCAUCUGCUGCCCUACGUGCCAUCGAUAUGUCCAAGGUCGACACCACUGAGCGGCUUGCGGAGCUCCGCAAGCUCAUGAAGGAGCGCAAUGUCGAUAUCUACAUGGUACCGUCCGAAGACAGCCACCAGAGCGAGUACAUUGCCCCUUGCGACGCCCGCCGAGCAUAUAUUAGCGGCUUCACUGGCUCAGCUGGCUACGCAGUCAUUACACAUGACAAGGCCGCCUUAUCUACCGACGGACGCUACUUCAACCAGGCUGAGAAGCAACUGGACGGCAACUGGGAGCUGCUGAAACAGGGUAUUCAAGAUGUUCCAACUAUCCAAGAGUGGACGGUGGAACGAGUGGAGGGAGGCAAGGUCGUUGCCGUAGAUCCUAGUGUAGUCACGGCAGUCGACGCUAGGAAGCUGGCCGACAAGAUCAAAAAGAGGGGCGGUGAAUACAAAGCGGUCGAUGAGAACCUUGUGGACGCAGUAUGGAAAGACAGACCAAGCCGUCCAAGCGAGAAAGUCAUUGUGCAGCCCAUGGAUUUCUCUGGCAAGAGCUUUGAGGACAAGAUCUCAGACCUGCGGAAAGAGCUUGAGAAGAGGAAGAGCCUAGGCUUUGUUGUCUCUAUGCUGGAUGAGAUCGCCUGGCUGUUCAACAUACGUGGAAGCGAUAUCCCAUACAACCCCGUCCUCUUUUCCUAUGCUGUCAUCACACCAACCGCUGCCACGCUCUACGUCGACGCAAGCAAGCUGCCACAAGACGUUAAGAACCACCUUGGCGAUAAAGUUGAGAUACGCCCCUACGAGGCCAUUUUCGAAGAUGUUGCGGCCCUGAGCAAGGCAUCGCUCGAAGCUAAGGACGAGUCCGAGACGAAGAAGAAGUUCCUCACUUCCAACCGAGCAUCAUGGGCACUGAACAAGGCUCUUGGUGGCGAGGACAAGGUCGAGGAGGUGCGCAGUCCGGUUGGCGACGCAAAAGCAGUGAAGAAUGAGGUCGAGCUGGAAGGCAUGCGCCAAUGUCAUAUUCGGGAUGGUGCCGCGCUCAGCGAGUACUUCGCAUGGUUGGAGGAUCAGCUGGUCAACAAGAAGGCUACGCUCGACGAAGUAGAUGGCGCCGACAAGUUGGAGAGCAUACGCUCCAAGCAUAACGGCUUCAUGGGUCUUUCCUUCGACACCAUCUCUUCAACCGGAGCUAAUGCGGCUGUCAUUCACUACAAGCCGGAGAAGGGCGAGUGCGCAGUCAUCGACCCCAAAGCCAUCUAUCUUUGCGACUCUGGCGCGCAGUAUCAAGAUGGCACCACAGAUACGACAAGAACACUACACUUCGGCGAGCCUACUGAGAUGGAGCGUAAGGCUUACACGCUUGUGCUCAAGGGUAACAUCGCUCUUGAGCGCAUCAAGUUUCCAAAGGGCACAACAGGCUUCGCUAUCGACGCACUUGCCCGCCAAUUUCUCUGGGCUGAAGGGCUUGACUACCGACACGGAACUGGACACGGUGUUGGCUCUUUCCUGAACGUCCACGAGGGUCCUAUCGGUAUCGGCACAAGGGUACAAUACUCUGAAGUUGCACUGGCUGUCGGUAAUGUUAUCUCAGACGAGCCAGGGUACUAUGAGGACGGCAAGUUUGGCAUCCGCAUCGAGAACAUGAUCAUGGUCAAGGAGAUCGAGACGAAGCAUCAAUUCGGUGACAAGCCAUAUCUUGGAUUCGAGCAUGUCACAAUGACGCCUCACUGCAGGAAUCUUGUCGACAUGAGCCUGCUCACAGAAGAUGAGAAGAAGUUCAUCAACGACUAUCACAAGGAGGUCUAUGAGAAGACAAGCGAGUACUUCAAGAACGAUCCUCUCACCCUCAAGUGGUUGAAGCGCGAAACAGCGCCCUACUAGACACAUCGUGUCGAUAUGUAUUUAUGGAGAGGGUUGACGCAUUCGGCAGCUUGUCAUCGGCAUGUUGCGGCUCAUCAAUUUCUGCAAUUGCAUGGCAUCGGUGUUCAGCAUUUGUGGACAGUACUGCGGCGUUGGUUUAGUCCGC